UUAAAACAUAUAACACGUAUCGUAGAUCUUGCCAAACAAACUUACCGAAAAAUCGUUUUGGACAAAAGUGCAAGAGGACAAGUUGGCCAGUCCUGACAUAUUGGACGGCUUGGCUCAAAAGUUCGCGUCGAAACCAAGCGGGAAGAAAAUCGACGAUGUCGUGGACAAGUCAGCUCCAUCGAAGAAAGUGAAGGACUUGAAGGUUUUGGAUGGCAAAGCUGCGCAGAAUAUCCUCAUACUUCUAAACGGUACAUUGAAACACAUGCCGUACGAAGAAGUCAAGUCUUGUCUGCUCAAGUGCGAAGGUCCCGUCAUCUCGGACAAUAUACUUCAAGGAUUGAUACAGUAUUUACCACCACCAGAUCAACUGUUGAAACUACAACUUUACAAAGACCAGUACGACGAUUUGACGGAAGCCGAACAGUUUUGUAUCACUGUGAGUGGAGUUGAAAUGUCCCAGUUAAGUUCUCCAACACUGUUGAAGAAAACAUUGAAAUAUUUUCAAAUAUCGACGAUCAAGAGACUAUUGCCGAGACUGAGGUCGUUGAGUUUCAUGCUACGAUACGAAGAACUGGUGCAAGACGUAAAGCCGGACAUAGUGGCGGGUACGGCAGCUUGCGAAGAAGUAAAAGGUAGCAAGAAGUUUGCAAAAAUUCUCGAAUUGAUUCUGUUGCUUGGCAACUACAUGAACUCCGGCUCGAAGAAUGGCCAAGCGUUUGGAUUUGAGAUUAGUUUUCUUACCAAGUUAACAAGCACAAAGGAUGUCGAUAACAAACAGACUUUGAUGCAUUAUUUAGUGUGUACGAUAGAGCAGAAAUUCCCGGAAUGUCUUAGUUUUUCGGAAGAGCUGGCACACGUGGACAGAGCUAGUCGUGUUUCGUUAGAAAAUGUACAAAGGACAUUGCGACAGAUGGAUUCCAACAUUCGAAAUCUCGAACAAGAUUUAUCGAAUGCCAAAGUUCCACAAUCGGAUAACGAUUUGUUCUUGCAUGUUAUGGGUGUAUCCUUUUCUUUUCUUUUUUCUUUCGUAAUUCUUUCCAUUGUAUUGUUAUAUAGUAGUGAUUACUUUGCAUUCAUGCACAUAUCGGUUUUUCUUAACUAUCCGACUUGACUAA